GAUCAAGAGCUCCAAGAGCAGGAGACGAUUAAGUAGGAUAAGUAAUUUAGUUAGGUUAGGGGAUAUCCGAAGGUAGGUCAGAGUUAAACCAGUUCCCACAUCAGUCUGGUAACCGUAAUGUGCGCCUGAUACACGGUAUGUCUUUAUUUCCGGCGUAUUCAGAUGGUGAUUCUGUACCGUGGAAAUGCAAUGACCAAGACAUCAAAAGAGAUGAUGCAGUGGUUGCAGAUAGAUUGUGGCUAACAAAUCCAAGUUUUUCUGUUGAAAUCUCUCAAAUUCCACUGCCAGGUGAAAAGAAAGAACAGACUCUAGUCUCAGAGACUUCUACAGCAAAAAGGCAAACAGAACUCCCAGAGCAUCAUAAGGAGAGGAAGGCUUCAUGCCACAAGAAGUUGAAGAGUUAUCACAAGCAGUCAAGGAAGGUGAAAGAAGAAUGUGAUAUUAGUAUUCCAGCAGACAGUUCAGUUUUCUAUGAAGAUAAAACAUGUGAGAGAGGGAAUCUGAGGGUUCCAACUUUGGCUAGACCAGCCAUACCUCUGUACAGUGUUUGUCACAGGUCUUCAUUGGGUUGGUCAAAUGCCAGGAAAUCACCCAAGAAGAGGAAGCAUCUGAAUCGUUACUUUACGCACUUCCAGGAAUUGAGCAAAAUCUUGGAGGAGAGCACAUCUGGUGUCACAGAAGACACCAUCACAGUUGCUCAUGGAAACAAGCUUAAGGCAAAGUUUCAGAAGGAGCAGCUGAAUGAUAGCAGUGAAUUUUCAGGGGAUAUGCACUUGGAAGAAGAAUUGUCUAAGAAGACAGCACAGUACAACAGAAGCCUUACUGAGCAGCCAUCCAAUGUGGAACUUUGGCUUAAAUAUGUUCGCUUUCAGGAUGUGAUUUCACAGUUUGAGAAAACAUACCGCAGAGGUGGUGGAGCUGCCAGUGCUCGUGUGAGAGCUGAGCGAAAGUUGGCUAUCUUAGAUAAGGCUCUGCUGCAUAACCCAGAUUCAGAAGUCUUGCUGAAAGAGAGGUUUGCUAUAGGUGAGACUAUAUUUCCAUCUGAUGUCAUGUCCCGUCAGUUAGGGGGCAUGCUUGAGAAACAGGCAAGUAACUUGGCACUGUGGCAUGGUUACAUCAGUGCCACCCAGUGCUCCCUGGCCAUGUGCACUGUGCCUACUGUCAUGCAGCUGUACAACAGGGCAAUGGCACGUCUCCACCAAUUCCGGAGGGGAGCUCCAGCUGCCCAGACAAAACCUUCUGAGGAGAAGAUUCUAGCAUUGCUACAUGACUGUGGGCUGUUUCUUCGCCAAGCUGGCCUGUGGGAGCAGCUGUGGUUGUUGCUGAGGAUGUAUCUUGAACUGAAUCUGUCACAACCAGACAGCAGUCAUUUUAAAAUUGACUCUACACUUUUAGAGCAGAUAGUCACUGAGUCAGAGGAAUGCAUCCUUACAUCAGAAUUGCCUCUGUCAGAACUUUGGUUGAGGGUGGAACAGCUGCGAGAGGGGGCACACUGGCUUCCUUGGGCAUCAGACAAAGAUUGUGAAGAUCCACAGCGGUUGGUAUUUUCUGAUGAUGUAUCGGAUUUUCUCCAUCCCAUCACCACAGCUUCUCUUCUUCCUCAUCUGGCAACUGUGGUACUUAUGUUACUGAAGAUACCAGUUCUUCCUUGCCGUGACACUGCUUUGCGCAUCAUCAACAGGCACCAGACAUCAUGGAGCUUGGAUGCUGUUGAAAUGCUUCUUCCAGCUUUCUUCCCAAUGGGAACAGUGGAAUUAGAAUGCAUAGGAUUAUUUAAAGAUAUUUCUCAACUUGCUGUAGGACCACAAUAUCUUGAUCAGAGGUUAGGACAAGAGCAUUAUCUGGAAUUUGUUAUGAAAGUGUUUCGGUUGUGUGGUGAUUGUCUGGCAGAACCUUCAAGAACUGCAUUCUGUGUUUGGUGGCUACGAUUUGAAAGACUUCUUCUUGUACUUGACAGAUUAGGCAUCACCAGGUUGCCACAAUCUAGGAAGAAGAAACUCAAAUCUGCAGUGAAAGAGUUCCUUAAACAAGAUCAAAACAGGAACAAUUUAUUAUUCUAUCGAGAGUAUGCAUUACUAGAGUGGGAACUAGGUAACCAUGAUGGGGCCUGUAAGAUCCUCACUAAAGUGAUCGUUGCACAACCAGGCGCCGUACCGGUAGUGAGCAUGUUGAAUGAACAGGAGAAAUCUGGACUCGGAUCCCUGUAUCGGACAUUAUGUGAGCUGUACCUCUCUCGUGCAAGGUUAAAACCAGAGGAUGCAUCCACACAUAAACAGAAGGCACUAUCCGUUCUGUUGGCACUAAGUCUUGGUAGACCUCUCUCAAAAACAGAAUGUUCCAUGGAGCUGCAAGCAGCUGCAGUAGACAAGUUCUACCACAUAGGUGCUGAGCUGCUGGAAGAUGUCAGUGCAGAGGCUACAGCAUCUGUUGAUGGACAUCUGUUGCCAGAUUUCUAUGUGGAUUGGAUGAGCUGCUAUGCAUGGCUGCUCUUCCUCACACAGUCUACUUGGGCAGGUGGUGCUGUCAUUGAGAAUGUUCUUGCCAAAAUAGCGCCAGCCUCAAGUUCAGUGUUUGGUGUCACUGUGAUGAGUUGUCGCAGGGAGGCAUUGUUUGAGAACUAUGUUGACAUGUUGCAUCAUCACUGCAGUGAAGCUCCUGGCACAUAUUCCGUUCUGCGAGAAGUGCUGCAAAGGGCCAUAAAGGAAUUCCCUAGCAAUGUUUACUUUUUGACCACAGCUGCUAAACUUGAGUCUGGUGUAGGUGGCAUUGGUAGUCCCUGGUGGAAGAUAACGAGAUAUUUCAUUAGAACAGACUCUGUGAUGGCACACUUAUUUUUGGUGCUUCUGGCAAGACAGCGACAGUACCAGCAGGAAGAUCUUGUUUUACAGAUGCCUAACUAUUUACAUACAGCUGGGCCUUUUGUGCCUGAUAAAAGUGCGAAGAAUCGCCUGCAAGCGCUCUUCACUCUGCUUAAGAAUGAGCCACUCACCAAGCGAUGCCCACUCAUCUGGAGAAUGUACAUGCAGUUCCUGUAUGAUCAUGGAACUGAACUCACCAGAAGGACAGCAUUUUACAGAGCUGUGGAGGAGUGUCCCUGGGUGAAAGCUCUGUAUAUUGAUGCAGCCAAACACCUUCCUGAAGAACUGCCCCAAGUGCAGGAUCUCAUAAUUGAGAAAGAGCUUAGACUUCAUGUAACACCAGAGGAACUCGAUAUUCUGCGGGAUGUGGAGAGGAUUGCAGAUCCAUUGGACGAGAGCUCAGACUGUCAGGAACCAGCCACUGGUCAAAAGUAGCUAAGGUAGUGUUGAGACUGAAUGCAAGAGGUGAUCAUUUUAUUGCUGUUAGUAGAAAGAGUCCAGUAAUUGUAUAUGUGACUGUGGUUAAUAAAAAAGAAUGAACAUCAUAAGCAUUACACAUGUAAGAAAAAAUUAAGACAGAAUUAACAAAAUAUAUGUUAUUUUUAUUUUUAGGUGUGACAGAUAAUGUUCUGUCUUCCAAUUAUGCUAUUAGACCAAUGAACUCAACUGCAAAUGUAAUUGAAGUGAGGCAGAAUGUGCAGGGGGGUGAGACAGCCAUAGCUUUUACAAGAUGUAGAAAAGGAAAUAUAAUGAGCUUUAGUGGAAAAUAGAAAAGUUAGGAAGAAUUCACAUGUUCAUAGGAAGGAGUAGGAACAUGCUUUUGAUGAGAGAGUACCAGAAAUUAGUGAUGCUUGUGCAUGUAACUGUAGCAGAAAAUGAACUGUUAAUAUUAAAGUGGAAGAAAGAAAGUUAAGAGAGUUUUAUGCAAUGUAUGUGGUCCAUGUCGUGGCUAUAUAAAGAGAGUCUGUAGCUAAAGGAAUGAGAGAAUUGGAACUGGGAGUUGAGAAGACUGAAGAGAAUGGGAAUACAGUGGUGUACAACAGAAAGAGAGUUGAGUCAGUUGUUGGUAGGAUAUAGCCACGGGAAGUGAGUAGUUUGAGAAGAAUUAGAAAUAGGCCUGUGAAGACUUUGUGUGCUGAAGUACAGUGAUAUCUGGAGUGUGUCUGUGCUAAAAUCCAUUGCCAGGAAAUGGAUAAUGAAAACAUUGUAAAGGCAUCGCAAUUCUUAGGACCUGUUAACCCAGCAACAACUAGUGAAAGCAGAUAUAGAAGACUUUAUUUUGGGUUUCAUAGUUACAGUAAUUUUUAAGGGUGUGUAAACUAGUGAGACAGUUGUAGUUAUGACCUGUGAAUGUUCAAUGAAUGUAUUCACCAAUGAAAACCCAAUGUAAAGUCACUAAUACAUGUGACAAUACUAUUUUAUUUUAAAAAUGUGUAAGGAUUGCCUGGCGUAAUGGUGCUUACAGGUACAACCCAGGUAUAAUAUGAUGUGUUCUUGUUUCAGUUACAAAUUCACAUUAUUGAAAUAAGGCCUGAACAAUACAGUGAUGGGAAUGGACUUCAUGAGAUGUGCCCAGAACUCUUGGCAUUGUAGUGUAAGCCUUGUGUAACAGUGUUGUGUAAUGCACAGGAGUGCUGGUUCUAAGCAAUCGUACUAUUGUAAGCCUUUGUUUAAUUUUUGCUUCUUCUGUUCGCAGUGCUAGUGGAUGAAUCCUUUUAAUGGUGUUCAGUGAACAUUGUGUUUUAAGCCUUUAAAUUUUGUUUCUUAAACUGUUCACAGUGCUAAUCUGUGUUCCUUAUUUUACGUCUGCAGUGAACAUUUUAUUGUAAAUGUUUGUUGAAACAUUACUUUAUACUCGCAUAUGUUCACAGUGCCAAUGCAUGUAUCAUUUUUGGGGGAUACAAAGAACAUUAUAUUGUGUUUAAAUGAUGCUCCUGGUUACCUUCAACUCUCAUACUGAGGCAGUAUUCAGUGGUGUUAUAACCAUGGUCUUAGAAUCGAUGCCUAUGCUAAUUUUACUGAUUGCUUCUCUCGGACAGGGUUGAAGAAAAAUUUUAGGCCUAUAACUGAAUGGUCAACAUUCAUGGAAGCCUCAUAUAAUUUUUUUUACUGACUAGCCUGAAUUCGGUUUGUUUUAUAGUGAGAAGAUUAUAUCCAGUUCGUAAUAUCCAAACCUUGACGACUGUUUAUUUUGCACAUUUUCACCUUUUGGUUAAUUAUGGAAUAGUAUUUUGGGGUAACACUAGUUCACUAGUUCCAUGUGUAAGGUGUUCCUAAUUAAAGAGAAAGGUAUUAAGAAUUAUGUUGAGAUUAAGUUGACAGAGUUCCUGCAGAAAGUGGUUAAAAAUUGGAGAUUUUACCUGCUUCAGGUUUGUAUAUAUUUAUUCAUUUAUGUCUUUUUUUUUUUGCCUUAAAAGUAACACUUCCGUUAAUGACAUUAAUACAAGAUGUAAGAAUCAAUUACACAUACCUUUAGGUAGACUUUCUGCUGUCCAGAGAGGUAUUAUAUUUUCUUCUAUUAAAGUAUUCAGUAAUUGCCACCUAGUAUAUCUAGAUUAAAAAAUGUUGAGCAAUUUUUUAAGUCUGCUUUAAGGAAUUAUAAUCUAGCAUAUGUCUUUUAUUCUACAGAAAAGUUUAUAUCAAAUUAUUAAUUCUUUUUAUAAAAGGAUGUUUAGCUUUUGUAGCCUUUUCUGUUGUCUAUUUCUUAAGCACUGAUACUCGUAUUUUAUUAUACUAGAUUCUGUACUUACUUUGUCAUUUAUGUAUUGUGUAUAUAUUAUUGUUUAAUGUCUCGUUUGCUCAAGUUGCAUUGUACAAUGUACAUCACCUGACGUGUUUCAUAUUCACAUGUGUAUGGGCUAAUGUUGGAUUAAUGAAAUGUACGUAUAUAUGUGUGUAUGUAAAAUGUCAGUCUUUUAGGCAUGUAGCCAGAGGGAUGAGUUUCAGCUCAUAUUCUGGAACCUGGACGUUGUACGGUCUGAGGGAGGUGGCUAACCGAAGAAGGAAAACAUAGUCACACUGACACUGGAAAGAAUGAGGUCAUCCUCAUUUUGUGACAACCAGUACAGAUGAAACUGCUGAUGAAGGCAGAAUGUCAUUCAGGGCAAGGAAAUGUUUUCAGACUAACAGCUCUGUGAAAUAAGUGAAAUUUAUUUUGAAAAUACCUGUGUUGUCUUACAGUAGUAAUGGUUAGGUAUAUAAGUCAAGGGUAUACAGUGAUAAACUAGGAAAUUGUGAGUGUAUUUUCUUCAAAGCCACAUGAGUAGUGAGUGAGUUGUAUUGUAUUCUCAUCACAUAUGCCAGAGACUUCUUGA